AUGCGGCCAUACUUUCUCCUCCCGCUGUUCGGGGCUAUAGGCUUAUCAAGCGCCACUGCAACGGCUCCCAAUAAUGUGCCGGGCAAAAAUGCCAAUCACAUUUUCAAUGUGAUCCAAGACUCGAUGCGCCAGUGGGGAUCGUCUCUUCACCACAAUGGCGUGUCGUUCUUCCUUGCGAGCGUUCCCGCCGGUACACAAUUCUACCAUGGAACAUCCAAGGCCAGCCCGGUGAAUGGCACCGAGUGGUUGGCCUUUGAACCCGAACAUGCUAUGGUCUUCGCUCGCCCGAGACGGGGCCCCCCGCCACACGUACCGCCCAACGAUGCUGAUACCGAGCGACAGGAUGGACGCCAUGGCGAGCUGCGGAAGCGGGGACAUGAGGACACAGACAAGAAACAUCAUGGCCCACCGGAUGAUCGUCCGCCGAAGGCACUUGAUGACAAUGCAAAUGAAAAUGGGUAUCUGCAUACAUAUGUUGCAGCCAAAGAUCUCCGUCUGCUUUAUCUUGACGGUAUGUCUGCUGCCAAGACAUCGAAAGGCACGCUUGAUUCCCAGGAUACGGUUUUGUUCAACGGAUCGUUCGGAGAUCCUCCGAGUCGGGGUGGGCGAGAGAGCGAACGGGCCAGACUAGCCUGCGAGAUGGCCGAUGAUGAAUGGGAGGGUCGCAUUGACGGUGUGCUUCGUAUGGAAGCUGGUUUUGAGAUUAUCCUGUGCCACUUUGAGCGUGACCUAACUCCGAUACGAAUCACUCAGGUCAAGCAACCCUCUGAGGAAGAACGUGGAACUUGGGGUAACCGUAAACAUGGCAACCGGGAUGAACAUCGCAAAGAGGGUGAGGAGAAGCACCACGACGGUCAUGGGCCAAAGAAGGAGGACGAUGGAAGGCGACACGGCCCUGGUGGACCUGGUGGUCCUAAGGGACCUCCGCAUGGCGGGCCUGGAAGCGGCCCCGACUCGUCGCGAUGGAUGCGUGCAAUCACCGCACGCUACAAUGGGAUCGGUGGAAACCGAGUUUCGCUGAACUUCAACCACUUUGUGACAGCUUUCUCCCACAACGUGGAUCUCUUCCAAGACAAUUCGACACUACCCCGACUUGCCAACCUCUCUGCUGAUGAGCGCGCCGCUAUCCGUGCCAAUGUCACAGAUCUAAUUCUGUCUCAUGACCCUGCGGAUAGCUGCGAGGACUGGCAGGCAAUUACGGAUAUGAUUGUGACUCGGUACAGCAAGGAGCUAUCAUACUUCGCCUCCAGUGGCAUUGAUUCAGUCAAGCAACUGCAGUCUGAGAUUGAGCGCGUUUUGUCCCCGUUCAUUGACUACAGUAAGCGAGAUGAUGUUGCUGAGAUUGAGCGUUGUGCAACUCAGUUCUUACCGCCGUUUCCUUCGAAAGGUGGGGGUAUUGCUGCACAUGCCGUUCACAGCGUCGCUCACAGAAUCUGCUCGGCGUUGGUCGAGGCUGGGAAAGAGCAAGAUCUUAAGGCUGCGGUGCAAAUUGUCCGAAAUCUGAUGGGUUAUCUUGAUUGGGCUACGUGGAAAGAGUGCCGGGGUUGCGCGGCGAACGAGAUUUGUGUCGUCCCUAUUUGGCCAAUGGGUACGGUCCAAGACUAUGAUAGCCCUCGGUGCAAAGAUGCAUCAAAUCCAUACGAUCAGGGUGGAGAGAGUUACUGGGGUGGAAUGCACCACUGA